UCCUGUUCUCAGACAUGUCUUGCCAUGCUUCAAACCAUUAUCACAAUUAAGAGAAAAUAAAUCCUAUUCACAAACAAUAUCGAAGGAGAUUCUGCAUCUAUCAUCCAUCUUGGCCAUUACCGCCAUUAUUACUUAUCACUUGCUUGACGAUGCUUCUACUCCAGCCGUUGGUAGGUCUCUUGCUGAUCAGCCUUGCUCAUGGCGACUGCCCCAUUUUUUUCAGUCCUGAUUAUGUGGUUGUUGAAUAUGGAAAAUCAUUUUCAGUGAACUGCUCCUCCACUGGCAAAACAGACCAGUUCGGUUUGAGUUGGGAAGGAUUUGAUGACACCAUAGAGAAUAAUGACGACAUCAUCAUAAGUGUGAAUGUGACAGACUGGGAGAGGACGCUAACUUGUUACAUGUACUCUUAUAAAACAAAUUGUUCACUGGAUCUUCCAGUUACCAUUUACAAGACUCCAGACAGUGUGUCCAUCAGCAUUGUGAAUCACACAGGACCAAUGAUAGAGGGACGGCAGUAUGAGCUUCAGUGUGAUGUUCACGAUGUGGCUCCUGUUACGGAACUCACUGUCAAAUGGUAUAAAGGACAGACUCUGCUGAAUCAAACCACCUUCACUGAGGAUAGCAGGACUCCAGUGAAUGUAACCACCACACUCCUGAUCCGUCCAGACAGAGCUGAUGAUGGAGCUCAAUACUGGUGUGAAGCAGAGCUGUAUCUGGGCGCAGAAGAACCUCAAUAUUCUACAAAAUCUUUGGAAGCUCUCAGUGCUGAACUUCAUCGAUCCUUUUCUGUAGAGAAUCAAUGUCCUAUUAAACUCAUCCCACGGAUAGCUUUUGUGAGAUACAACGGUUCUGUUGCAGUUAACUGUAGCACUCAAGUCUCACAUAAAGGGAUGGGAUGGGAAGCCAGUGAAGGAGCAGUGCCCAAAACCAGAGACAGUCUGAUCACAUGGAGAGUGUCACACCUGACAGAAUGGGACAUUCAGCCAUUCUGCUACAUAAACUAUGAGGGACAGUGUCAAGUAGAGCUCCCAGUCAUUAUUUACAAGACUCCAGACAGUGUGUCCAUCAGCAUUGUGAAUCACAGAGGACCAAUGAUAGAGGGACAGCAGUAUGAGCUUCAGUGUGAUGUUCACGAUGUGGCUCCUGUUCAGAAUCUCACUGUCAAAUGGUAUAAAGGACAGACUCUGCUGGAUCAAACCAACUUCACUGAGGAUAGCAGGACUCCAGUGAAUGUAAACACCACACUCCUGAUCCGUCCAGUCAGAGCUGAUGAUGGAGCUCAAUACUGGUGCGAAGCAGAGCUGGAUCUGGGAGCAGAAGGACCUCAACCUCCUCCAAAAGAAACAUCAGACGCUCUCUACUUUACUGUAUAUUAUGCUCCAAACAUUCAGUCUUGUAACAGCUGGUCACCAUUGACAGGGACCUCAUUGGAUUCAUAUCCUUUAAAUGUAAAUUCUGUUUUGGGUAACCCUCCUCCAAACAUCUCCUGGAGUCACAAAGCAUCAUCAGUCAAUUCCUCUCUGCCUCUUACCAAAUUUAAUUCUGGCCAAUAUGAAAUCAUUGCCAGUAAUGUCCUUAGUAAUUUCAGUUGUUCUAUAAACAUCACAGUAGAGUAUCCUCCAGAACUGAACUGCAGUGAGAGCUACGAAGUUAAAGAAAAAACACUCUUCCAAUUUCCUUGCAUAGCUGAUGGAUCCCCAAAGCCUAAAUUAUCCCUCCGCAAAAAUGGAAAUAUUAUCCACCAUGAAUUGUUUUUCCCCAAUUGGAAUGACAGUGGCCAGUAUCAAGUAAUCGCAGAAAACCAACGUGGAACUAUACAUUCUACAGUCACCAUCAACAUCCUACAUGACUCUCUCAGCUACUUUGCUAUUGUUGCUUUGGUACUGGGACUGCUUUUUUUCAUCCUCAUUUUAGUUGUGAUCUUAUUGCGGCUGAGGAGAAAUAAAAGAGGACAUUAUGAUGUACAGUCAGUGAAGCAGUAUGAAAUGCAACCGUUAAGCAAUGGGGGCCCUGCGUGAGUUUAUCCUGUUUCAAUCAGAUGAAUUAUGCUUAAAUUGAAAAAAGAUAAUAUACUAAACACCGUUCAGUUUACAACAAAUAAAUAACAUUCUAUAAAUAUCUGUGGUAUAAUGUGUGAAGUCUAAUAUUGUAUAGCAUGCACUUGUGUAUAUGAUAUGGAAGGUAUUUUUCAGUGACAAAGAAGAAUGUUUGAGAUGAAUAAAAAACGAUUCAUUUAAAAUUUAUUAUCUUGUCACAUGAAAACAAAAUAGUUUUCUUUAUUUUGGUCAUGGUUCUGAUUUAUUAGUGUAAAGAAAAAGGUUUCUUUUGUGUUUAUAGCUGUUUACUUUUUAUUUUUUGAGAGAGAG